AUGACUGCUAACUCUGUCAAUCCAUUUGAUUGUCUUCCUGAUGAAUUGAUUGAACAUAUAUUUUUUGCAAUUAUUUAUUCUCCACCAGUUGAACCUUACAAUCAUGUAAAUAAUAUUGCAUCGUCGACAUUUUAUUUUUCUCAUUCUCUGCAUGAACCAUAUCUCCGUCAUACUUACAAAGAUUUGACUUCUUUGGAGCUAGUCUGCCGUCGCUUUUAUAAUCUUCUUCGUUCAUCAACAUUUUGGCUUCAAAAAUGUCAUCGUGAUCAUGUAGCGAUUGGUAACGAACCAUUGGCGAUUUCUACUGGAAUAGAUUUUCGACGACUGUAUUUUUCAAAUCCGUUCCAUCCGGAUUAUAAUCUUUUAAAUCUCAAUAAUAGUAAUCAAGAUCAAGUAAACCAAUUUUGGACUCCAAAUGUUAGUCGGGAGGAAACUCCUGUUGGCUCUGAUCUUCUUUACGACGAAUUUGGAUUAGUUUCAUCCUGCUAUGCGACAUCCUAUGCUUGGGGACAAUAUCAACGUGAUAAUGUUCAAUUACUUAGAAAAGGAGAAGAAAAGUUGAUAUCGAUCAAUCCGGUGAUUGAAUUUACAGUUUGUGUCGCAGGACGGUGGGAUUGCUCAUCUAUUUGCAAUUUAGAAUUGUGUUUCUCCAAUGGUCACGAAUGGAAAUAUCAGCGUUCGUUUUCUAAUGGAGAUUGUCAAUGGCAUCGUCUGAUUUAUCGUUAUGUUAAUUAUCGCCCGAAUGAAAUGCCUUCUCAUGUAUCAAUUAUUUUAAAAGGAAAAGAUCAAAGAUUUUGGGCUGGAAAUUAUGGAGCAAAAUUUGCUCAAAUUAAAUUAAGAUUGGCAUUGCGCCAAGAAAAUGAAACAGAAAAUCAAGAGUUUGAAGAGACAAUGUUAAAUUCACAUAUACCUCAUGUUGCUUAA